CCCGAGCCCGCCCCGGGCUCGGCUCUCGCCCAUCGUCCCGGUCCCAAUCCCGCCCUGAGCCCGCCCCGGGCCCGCCCCGUGACUCGUCAGCGCGGGGCGCCGCGCGCAGUUCCCGCUGGACCCGCCCGGGCGCUGCCGCCGCGGCCCCGUUCUCGUCCCUCCGCCAGGAUGUCGGCCACUGUCCCUGGGAGCUCAAACAUGGCUGCUGGCAGCAAUCGCCGGCUUCAGCAAACCCAGCACCAAGUGGAUGAGGUUGUUGACAUCAUGAGGGUGAACGUGGACAAGGUUCUGGAGCGGGAUCAGAAGCUGUCAGAGCUGGAUGACCGAGCUGAUGCCCUGCAAGCAGGAGCCUCCCAGUUCGAGACCAGCGCAGCCAAGCUGAAGAGGAAGUACUGGUGGAAGAACUGCAAGAUGUGGGCAAUAUUGAUAGGUGUUGUUGUCAUUAUCAUCAUCAUCAUUAUUGUCUGGAGUGUGUAUUCAUGAAUUAGAAGAAGAAACUCAAUUCAACUGAAGGUGCCUUUGGGAAUCUACUUCAGCCUCUCCACUUCAAACCUGCUGCCUUCUCAGCCCGUUUACUGCUGUUUAAAGCAAACCUAUUUUGAUUAUCGAGAUGUUAACUAACUUUACUGGUGGCCUUAAGACACUCCUGUCAUUAAUUACUAACCAGCACAGCUCGCGGUGCCUCAAUGGUCCGAGCCCCGCCCCUCGGCCCCGCCCCUCGGCCCGACCACGCCCGGGGGCGGGGCCGGCGCCGCACGUGGCGGCGGGGCAUGCGCGCGCACGGGGGCCGCGUGCGGCGCCGCGUGAGGGGCGGGGCGGUGCCUCGGCCCGCGCUGGCCACGCCCCCGCGCGCGGUCU